AUGAUGCAGCAAUUUGCGGCGGUGAAAGCCAUCAUCGGGACCCUCCAGGAUGACACGGCUCGCCAACAUGUCUUGACGGCACAGCUUCACAGCUUGGAGCAGCAGCUCAAGGCGAUGGACUUGGGCAACGAAGACAUGGAACCCCUCAUGAAGACCAUCGCCGACUCCCCUUUCUCCCCGGGGCAAAAAGAUCAGCUGAUCACCAUCGUAUCCGAGAAGAUUGCAAAAGCAGCUGCUAGCAAGAGGACGAAGAAAUGCACUCAAGAACUGCCUGAUGUUGCUCCGUUCCUCUCGGAAGACGAUGUCAGUUGCCUGAGCAAUCCCGAUCUGAACGUUCUCGCAAAGGUCACACGGCUGAGCAUGGUGUUCUCUCGAGUGGGGUGCAGCAACCCAACCGAGCAGUCAUGCGGGAGGGCCAUCAGCUUCCUCAAGCAACACAUGCAGGUAGCAGAAUUGGGGGAGCCGGGCGAGUUCUUGAAGUCUGUUCAAGACUUUAAGGCGGCAUUGAAAGGACAUGUGAAGAAGAUGCUGCCUGCUUCAGUGCAUGUCCAGACAUUCAGCACUCCCGACCAGUUGCCAAAGGACCUGGCCGAACGUUGCUUCAAAGACAGCCCUCAGGCUUCGGUGCGAAGUGGCCCAGUGGGCAUCACUGGACCCGUGAGGAAGUCGCACAAGAGUGUUUCGCCUUCCACUUCUGCCAGCUCGUGGCAGCAUCAGCCGGGCAUGUUCCCGAGUCAUAUGUUGCCGAGUCAUGUGCCGCUGUUGCCGAGUCAUGGGCAGCAGUUUAUGACGAUGCAGCAGAUGAUGCAGGCAUACAAUCAUAUGCAGCAGCAGUGGAUGGCACCGCCAACCCCGAAGUCCCAAGGCUUGCCGAACCUCGUUCUGUUCAAUCAACCGGGGCAGCCUGCAGGACAUCAGAGUCAGGGAAAGCCGACCGAUGCACAGAUCGUUCCUUCCAACCAGGCGGGGCAAGGACAUCGAUCGGAGCCGCAAGGACAUCAAUCAGAUCCGCAUGGGCAACAGCAGCAGAUUGAGAACUGGGGGCUGCAGUCCGAGACCACCAACGACCAGAAUAAGCCGCCCCUGCAACCAGCCGAGCAAGCUAAUGCAAUGCUGGCGGCAUGGGAGAGUCGCAAGCUGGAAUCGGACAAGGGCCCGGCUCCGUUGGCUAUGUUGGGCCGCAAGGCAUAUGUGUCACAACACGGCAUAGAGAGUGUGUUGACAGACUUAAAGAAGUCUGGGUUGCUUGCCGACGACGUUACAUCUUCCAGAAGCUCCAUCAAGCGAGCUCGGGAGGAGGACCUUGCAUCUCUUACCGGUGUUUAUGGGCCCUUGGUGCAGAAGAUGGAGGUCCCGGUGGAGGGCCAGUGCAACAAGACGGUGACGGUGCCAUACAUCCACCCGGCUGCCUUCCUGAAGCACAUCUUCAGUCUUGCUCCGUUGUGGGAAUUUCUGCGACAGGAGGUGUUGCCACACAAGGAGACACCAUCCUAUGCUCGGCCAUGGGGUCUCAUUUUCUAUGCUGAUGAAGCAUUAUGGUUUCCACUGACCUGCCUACGGUCGCACCAUUGUUCUUCCAUCGGCGGGUUGACGUGUUUGUGGCGACUCAUGCUUCGACUGUUUUUCACAGAUCACGACAUGCGAAAAGGCAUGGUGGUGGACACUCCGGAAGGAGACCAUUUCCCCAUCUUCUUGGACUUGAAGAUCUUAGUCGCAGAUGAAGCGGCCAUUAAGCAGUCCAUCGAGGGAAAAGGUGCCUCAGGCACCGUCUUCUGCUGCCGAUGCAGCAAUGUCGUUGCUGCCAGAAGCACGGUGAGUGACAUGCGAUCUGAGUUCGUGUCCAGCUUGUGCACUGAUUAUUCGAAAUUUCGUUUACACACCAAUGCCACGACUCGGGAUUUCCUGGCAUUCUUGGAUGCACAGCAUGGCACUGUUAGCAAAGCACAGUUCGAGGCCUUGGAAACAGCCCUGGGAUUCAAUCUGCGAGUGCACGGGUUGCUCAUGGAUGACAUCAUAGGACACAAGGUGCCUGAGGCCAUAAUGUUCGAUUUUUUUCACAUCUACCUCGUCCAUGGCAUCGUUGGAAAUGAAUUGGGCUGCUUCUUUGCCGAGCUUCGCGAUGCAGGUUUCGGCGAGGAUCGACUCAUGGAUUUUGUGUCCAGCUUUCGGUGGCCGAAGCAGUUCGCUUCACCCGAUGCAAAAAGAGUUUUUGCAAAACGGGAAAAGAAAACAUCUCCUGUGAAGGCUGAGGCUUCUGAGCUCCUCAAUGCUCUUCCUGUUUUGCGAAUCUUUAUCUUGAAGUUUGUCAUGACAACAGCGAUCAGCCCGGGCACGGUCCAGGCAUGCAUGUGCUUCCUGAUGCUGUGCAAGGUCGUAGACAUGCUUCAUGAUGCUGUGCGAGGACGUGCUGUUGACCCGGCGGUCCUUCACGACACGAUCGUGAAACAUUCGAACUGCUUGCUAGAGACCUAUGGCCAAGAUAUAUGGGUUCCAAAGAACCAUAUGUCACUUCAUCUAGGUGAAUUUCUUGCAAAGUUUGGCCACUUGGUGUGGUGCUUCACCCACGAGCGAAAACACAAAGUCGUCAAGCGGUUUGCGAACCAAAAGCUGGAUGGCUCCAGGGGCUUCGAGGAGAGUGUCCUGAAGGAUGUCUUGGCAGUGCAGUUGAACUGCAUAUCUGCAGAGCUUCCAUCCUCAAAGGUGCGGCUUAUGAACCCCAAGCCGGCCCCGAAGAAGCUCGUUGAUCUCGUGGGCCAGGUCAUGCCAUUUGCAACGGGGCCCAUUUUGCAUGAUUUGCGGGCCAUGCAUGCCGGCGGGUUCGUUUGCACAAAAGGUGAUAUCGUCGCUUUGGAUGCUACGACUGUGGGUCUAGUGCAGUUUCACUUCCAAGCUGCAGGCCAAGUCUGGACUUGUGUCACCCCAUGGAAGCAUGUGUACGAGCACAUGUUUGAAUGCACAGACCUCGACCCCUUUAUCACGACAACGGACAGCAUCAAAUCGUGCUGCAUCUAUUCGGAGAAGGAUGGCAAAGCGAUCGUUUUGGUCUAG